AUGCGUCUCGACGUAAAGCUAUUUGCGCGGUCGGAGCGUGUCAAGGGCAUUGACUUCCACCCGGUUGAGCCAUGGAUCCUCACCACUCUGUACAGCGGACAUGUGCACAUCUGGUCCUAUAUAACGCAAUCGAUCGUCAAGACCUUUGAACUGACCGACGUGCCUGUCCGUGCUGGUCGCUUCGUUGCGCGGAAAAACUGGAUUGUUGCAGGUUCGGAUGACUUCCAGCUGCGAGUCUACAAUUACAAUACUUCUGAAAAGGUCACCUCUUUUGAGGCGCACCCAGACUAUAUACGUGCUAUCGCUGUGCACCCUACACAAUCCUUUGUUCUCACCGCCAGUGAUGACAUGACAAUCAAGCUAUGGGACUGGGACAAGUCAUGGAAGUGCGUGCAAGAAUUCGCUGGUCACCAGCACUAUGUAAUGGGCAUCGCCAUCAAUCCCAAAGAUCCCAACACAUUCGCUUCAGCUUGUCUCGACAGAACCGUCAAGAUCUGGUCUCUCGGUAGCUCUACGCCUAACUUUACUCUCGAGGCGCAUGAAACCAAGGGCGUCAACUUCAUCGACUACUACCCGCAGUCCGAUAAGCCGUAUCUGCUUACCACAUCGGACGACAGAACUGUCAAAGUAUGGGACUACACCACGAAAGCGCUGAUCGCAACACUCGAAGGCCAUACCUCGAAUGUUAGUUUUGCCGUCUACCACCCUGAACUUCCGGUCAUCAUUUCUGGAUCCGAAGACGGCACCAUCAAGAUCUGGCAUUCGUCCACCUAUCGGUUAGAACAAUCGCUGAACUAUGGCUUGGAGCGUGCAUGGUGUGUGGCAUAUCAGAAGGGCAAGAAUGGGGUGGCGCUCGGUUUCGAUGAUGGAGCGGUAGUCAUCACCAUGGGUCGUGAAGAGCCUGCUGUCAGCAUGGAUGGAAGCGGAAAGCUGCUUUGGGCCAAGAAUAACGACAUCCUCACCUCGGUCAUCAAGGGCAGCGACCAGCUAAAAGAUGGCGAGCGGCUCACCCUUCCCAGCAAAGAUCUUGGCUCAACCGAAUUGUACCCACAAUCGUUGCUUCAUUCGCCGAACGGGCGAUUUGUCGCAGUCUGUGGUGACGGCGAAUACAUUAUUUACACGGCUCUUGCUCUUCGAAAUCAAGCCUUCGGUACAGCUGUGGACUUUUGCUGGGCCUCGAAAGAGCACGACAAGGACUACGCUAUACGAGAGUCAUCUACUAGCGUCAAAAUUUUCCGCAACUUCAAGGAGCGAAGUGUCCUCAAUGUUGGCUUUUUUGCCGAUGGUCUGAGUGGUGGUGUUCUCCUCGGCGUGAAGGGCCAAGGUGGUAUUGGCCUUUUCGACUGGGAUUCUGGAGCACUCGUCCGAAGGAUAGAGGUCGACCCCAAGAGCGUAUUCUGGUCGGAGAGCGGCGAGCUUGUUACUCUGGCGACCGAUGAUACGUUCUAUGUUCUGCGCUACUCGAGGGAAAACUAUCUAGAGGCGCUUCAAAACGGUGAGAUUGACGAGGACGGCGCAGAUGUUCGCACGGGUACUUGGGUGGGAGACUGCUUCAUCUACACGAAUGGCACGAACCGGCUGAACUAUCUGGUUGGCGACCAAACCUAUACUAUUUCUCACUUUGAUUCGCCGCACUACGUUCUCGGAUACCUUCCUCGCGACUCGAGGAUCUACGUUGCAGACAAGGACGUCAAUGUCGUUUCUUUUGCUCUCUCCCUGGCCGUUGUCGAGUACCAGACUCUUAUUCUCCGCGGCGACCUCGAAGCGGCCGAAGAAAUACUCCCCUCUGUUCCCAAAGAGCAAAACAACAAGAUUGCUCGUUUCCUCGAAGGUCAAGGAUACAAGGAGAUGGCACUCAAGGUGGCUACCGAUCCAGAACACCGCUUCGAUCUUGCCCUUUCCCUUGGAGAACUACAACAAGCUGUUGAGAUUGCAAGACAGCAAGAAACAGAGCACAAGUGGAAGACAGUUGGUGAUGCCGCACUCGCAAACUGGGACGUCCAACUCGCUCAAGAAUGCUUCGUCAAAGCCAAAGAUCUUGGUUCUCUUCUCCUCGUCUACAGCGCUACAUCAGACGCCACUGGUCUUCGCGAACUGGCUUCCCUUGCGGAAGAGGCAACGGCCAACAACGUGGCAUUUUCUGCGCUCUGGCAAAUGGGCGAUGUACAAGCCUGCAUCGAUCUGCUUUUCAAGACGAACCGGCUCUCGGAAGCGGUCCUCUUUUCACAAACCUACAAGCCCAGCGCCACUCCUGGUCUCGUAAAGAAGUGGAAGGAAGCACUGGAGAAGGAGAACAAAGGCAAAGUGGCGAGGCUGCUGGGGUGCCCGCCACACGAGGGUGGGGUCGACGAGGAAAUGUUCCCCGAGUGGGAUGAGUAUCUGAGGUUGGAGAAGGAGGGGGGCACUGCGGAGGAUUUGCUUGUACAGGAUGAGGGAGAGGCGGAGGAUGCAGAGGAAGAGGUUGUGGACGAGGGGGAGGGGGAUAAUGAGGGGGAAGAAGAAGAAGAAGACGAGGAAGAUGAGGAGGAUGAUGAGGACGAGGAGGAAGACGAGUAG